AUGGGGAGCCAUAAAUUCAAACAUCUUAUUGUCGGAUCGCCGGAAACGGAACAGGCAAUUCUGGGCGGACAUGGUCUCCAAGCAAAAGAGGCUAUCUUCGAACUUGACAGAAGAAAGCUGAUGUCAAAGUACAGAUCUAUACUCCUCGCUUGUAUAGAAGGAGCCACAUGUGCGUGCUCAGUCGUGGUGAUUUAUACAAUUGUCCGGCUUCGAAAUCGUUUGUCAGCAAACGCAAUCCUUUCCUUACUGAUCAUAACGGCCCCUAGGCGUUUUGCGAUUGGCUCGAACAAGCAAUUACGCUUUCGCGGCUGCCGUAUAAUCGGUAUGGACCCAGAAGAAUAUCAAUCCACCCGCAAGCCGAGGUCAAAAGGCAGGUUCAGGAAAUGUUGGAUGCUG